AUGCUGAGGACCCUUGCCCGCACAUCCUUCCGUCGCUCGCUGCACUCCUCAGCGCACCAAACCUCGACGCGUGCGGGCCCAGCGCGCGGACGCGCCGUCCUCGGGGCCUCUGCUGUCGUCGCGUCUUAUCUUGUGUGGAACACUUGGUACCCGGAAAGGAUUGCCCUGGACGGCCCUGGCACGGCCUCUAAGCAGAAACGGGUCCCCACUGCGUCCAAGGCUGCCGACGCGUCUCCUCCGGCUCCUACUGCGGAGAGCGACCCGGCGUUGUUGACGGACUCGGCGCCCACACACGACUCGUCGGUACCCGCGUCCCAGCCUCCGGAGUCUGCGACGGAGGAGCCAACAACGGAGGGCGAGGCGGCGGAGGGUGAGGCGGCGGAGGGUGAGGCGGCGGAGGGUGAGGCGGCGGAGGGGAGUGCCAACGGCGGUGGAGGUGGUGCGUACGACCCGGUGACGGGGGAAAUCAACUGGGACUGCCCGUGUCUGGGCGGGAUGGCGCACGGGCCGUGUGGGCCUGAGUUCCGGGAGGCGUUCUCGUGCUUCAUCUACUCGGAGGAGGAUCCCAAGGGCAUUGACUGCGUGGAGAAGUUCAAGGCGAUGCAGACCUGCUUCCGCGAGCAUCCGGAUGUCUAUGGCGAUGACAUUAUGGACGACGACGAAGCCGAGGAGGCCCUUGGGCCCGACACUGCGGAGCCCAGCGCAGAGGUCGCCGUCCUUGCGUCGGAGGAGCCUGUGCCUGCUGCCCCUGCUGAGUUGAAGUCAUCACCGCCGGAGCAGAAGAGCAAGCCGAGCAAGCCUGUUGCGUCCACUUCACAUUAG